CCAAAAGCCAAGUGAGCAAGCGCGAUGAUAUAUAAACCAUGUCGACACCGACCAAGAUAGCCAGAACCAUGCAUUACUUCUCGGAAUUCAUCGUUUGUCUUGUAACUUUAGCUGUGGCGGAGGGUGUAAGGCAUGAGAUUCGCACUGUCAUUGGCGAGGACGUCGAGUUGCCUUGUGCUGCGAAAUCAAAGGCGGGUAUCCGGUACCGCUCGGUGACAUGGUACAAGAUUGUUGAAGGGCCUCCCCGAACGAUAACUGGUCUUGUAAGACUAACUGAAAACAAUGGCAAAGUGGAGAAAUACAAUGGUGUCGAACGAGAGGUUGACCUGCUUGAGAGAACACAGAGCCUUCUUCUGUCUAAUGUAACUGCACAAGACAGUGGGAUAUACAACUGCUUUCUGUCUGCUCCUCUUGGCCAUCAGAACCAGGAAGGCGAAAUCGUUCUGAAGGUCUAUGAGCAUCUUACAGUUGAGCAAAUGGAAUUUAAUAAAAGUGAUACAAUUUAUGUAGUCGUGGCCGUCACAGUCCUCGGUGUGGCACUCCUGAUGCUUUGCUUAAGCUAUGUUUGUUUAAGGAAUGUGUUCCAAAGCAACAAGAAGCUCUCAAAAGACUCUUUGCUGAAAAUGCCACAUCAAGGCAAGAACUUGAUUGUCACCAAGCAUUUGGAUUGCAAGACUUUGCCUGAAGUGUUUGUGUGAUGGUAAACCAGAGUACAUGGGGCAGUGCUCA